GUGCGCGGCCCGCUGCGCGACCGCCUCGGCACGGCCCUGGCGCCGGGCGCGGCGCUGCGCCUCAGCGGGCGCCUCGUGGAGAGCAAGGGCCAGGGACAGGCGCUGGAGCUGCAGGUCGAAGAGGCGCACGUCGAGGGCGCGACGAAUGCGAUGGAGUACCCAAUACCGCUCACUGCCUCGACGGCGCCGGCCGACCUGCUGCGGCGCAACGCACAUCUGCGCUCGCGAGACGCACGGCAUGCCGCAGUAGUGCGGGCGCGCGAUGCGCUCGAGCGCGGCCUGGCGUCGUACUUCUACGACGAGGACUUUGUGCGCGUGACUGCGCCGAUCAUCACGUCGUCCGACUGCGAGGGCGCAGGAGAAGUGUUCCGCAUCGUUGCCGACGCCGACGCAGCCGAUGCUGAGCCUCAGCGCGACGCAUCAACUGCAUCGGCCGAUGCAGCAUCCGCCGCACCUCACGCAAAGCCAGGCUUCUGGUCCGGCCUGCCGGCGUACCUAACCGUCUCGGCACAGCUGCACCUCGAGGCGCUCGCACACGGCCUGGCGCGCGUGUGGACGACGGGCCCGUCGUUCCGCGCCGAGGGCAGCGCAACGAACCGGCAUCUCGCCGAGUUCUGGAUGUGCGAGGCCGAGAUGGGCACGUCGGGCGGCGCCGGCGCCCUCGACGAGGUCAUGACGGCCGCCGAGGGCAGCAUCCGCGCGGCGAUGCGCAACGCCGACGCGCGCUUCCUCGUCGGCGACGAGGACAUGCUCGCCGUUCUGCGCGAGAUCGCCUCGAGCGCCGAGCCGUGGGAGCGCAUCACGUACGACGAGGCGAUGCGGCGCCUCAUGACGCGGCACAUGACGGCGGCGUUCGCGGUGCCGCCGUGCUGGGGCGACCAGCUGGCGUCGGAGCACGAGCGCUGGCUCGCCGUCGGCGGGCCGCUCUUCGUCACCGACUAUCCGGCGACGGGCAAGCCGUUCUACAUGCGCGUCAAUGAGGCGGAGCAGGGCACGGCGCGCCAGACGGUGGCGUGCUUCGACCUCCUCGUGCCGCGCAUCGGUGAGCUCGUCGGCGGCAGUCUGCGCGAGGAGCGCGCCGACGUGCUGCAGGCGCGCAUGCGCGAGCUCGGCGUCGCAGAGGGCCCGCUGCGCUGGUACGUGCACGACCUGCGCCGCUUCGGCUGUGCGCCGCACGGCGGCUUCGGCCUCGGUGUCGAGCGCCUGCUCAGCUGGGUCACCGAGACGGAGAACCUGCGCGACUGCGUCACCUUCCCGCGCACAAAAGGGCCGGUGCGCUUCUGA